AUGUCUGAUGAACAAAACGCUAACAAGGUGUCAGAUCGUAACCCUCAAAAGGAUUUGUCUAAUGAGGAUGACGCCUAUAAUGCAAUUUUUAACGGUGAAUUUGGUGCGUUAGAAAUCGGUACUUAUGUUAGUUCUCAAGGCCAUGAUGGUGAAACAGAACAUCUACCUGAUGCGAUUGAUUUUGAAGAUGAGGAUGAGUUGGCAGAUGAGGAACUUCCAGAGGAACAGGAAGCCAUUGGUCGAGAUGCUGGACCGGAUGGUGGAAAUGACGAUUAUUUGACGAUAAUGGAUGAUGCGGGAGGCAUUGAUUACCAGGGUAAUAAUGCAUUAUUUAUGGGAGUUCAUGAUGAUAAUAGCAAUGGGUUCGUGAAUGAGCAUGGUGAAUAUAAUGAGUUCUCUGAUGAGCAGCAACGGGAACUUGAACAUCAAAAACAGCAAGAGCAGGAACGAAUAGCUCAAGAAGAGCAAAUGCUAGUAAGAUCGUACUUUCCUCACCUCCGUGGCGGAAAAGUUCUGAAAUUGACUAAGAUAGUUCCCAAACCUAUUGCGGAAUACCAGUGGCAGCGUAAUUUGUAUUUAUCUAACAGAGUUCUGAAGCCACUUAUACCUCUAAAGAUAAGGUUUGAAGUGCAGCAGGACACAAGGAGGAUGUUUAAGGCAAAGGGUAAGACCUGGCAAACUUCUUCUACCUACUUGAAGAAGAAGAAGAAGAAAGGUAUUGUUCAUAUUAGUAUUGAUGAGAUUUAUCCUUUACACGAGGAAAAAACGGACAAGACUGAUUCUGGCGAUGUUAUUCCUGAAGAUCUACUAGUUGUUGCAGACGAAUGGGACUACAAGAACAUGAUAGGUGAGGUGGAACCAGAGUCACGCCCUAGUCGUGAGUUAUCUGUCUCUACGCCGUUGUUUGAUAAUAAGGUUUUUGAUGAUCCUCGCGAUUGGGAUUGGGACGAAUCUGACCUUUUGGAGGGUAAGUUGACCAACCUGAGGUAUCCAUUGGACAUGAAUGACGAAAGAUUACUAUUCUCUAAAAGAGUCGAUUCGAAUUCCAGGGCCCAACCGUUAGUGUUUAACGAGAAGCAGUUAAUUUCCAAAUUUAAUAUAUCUAACGAUGACAAGUAUAAGAUUCUGAAAGAGAAUUAUCAGACGAAGAUCAGGUCUACAAUUUCUAACUUAAGCAUAGAACAUUCGCAGCCCGCUACAAGGCUCCAAUCACCAUUUUACAAGGUGCUUUUACCUAGGGAUCAAUUACGGCACUUUCAUAGAAGCCAUUUUGGCCACAGCAUACGGCCAGGAACAAACAUUGUAUUUAGCAAGAUUAAAGUCAGAAAACGUAAGCGGGAUAAAGGUAAGGAUGUCAAGGAAAUAUAUGCUCAUAGUUCAGACUUGACUGUAGGUGAUAGCGUUCCUGUAUUUUUAAUGGAAUAUUGUGAACAGCAACCUGUUGCGUUGUCUAAGUUUGGUAUGUCAAGUAAGCUCAUUAACUAUUACAGAAAGCGUAGUGAGCUAGAUACUUCAAGACCGAAACUAUCUGUGGGGGAAACGCACGUAUUAGGUGUACAGGAUAAGUCGCCAUUUUGGAAUUUUGGGUUUGUAGAACCAGGAACUAUCAUCCCAACUUUAUACAAUAAUAUGAUCAGGGCUCCUGUAUUCAAGCAUGAGGUAUCUAGAACUGAUUUUUUGAUUGUGAAAAGUACAGGUAACUCUUGCGGUACCCGUUUUUAUUUGAGGCAUAUCAAUCACCUAUUUACCGUGGGUCAAACUUAUCCUGUCGUGGAAAUACCCGGUCCUAACUCCAGAAAGGUCACUUCCAUGGGCAAAAACCGGUUAAGAAUGGUUGUUUAUAGAAUUCUAAACAAAUCACCUGAGCAUCGUUUACUUGUGAAGCAAGUUGCAAGACAUUUUCCUGACCAAAAUGACAUGCAAAAUAGACAACGUCUAAAGGAAUUCAUGAAAUAUCAGCGAGACGGAGACGAUCAAGGCUUUUGGAAGUUAAAAGAAGGUGAAGUGUUACUAGAUAAUGAAAAUGUUAAGAAAAUGAUAUCACCUGAAGAUGUAUCUUUAAUUGAGUCAAUGUAUGCUGGCCAGCAGUUCCAGGAUGAUACAGAUAUGUACAAUUUUAAUGCAAAAUUGCGAAACUUGGAAGAGAAUUUAAUCCCAUGGGUUGCUACCAAGAACUUCUUGAAUGCUACUCAGAUGCGUGCGAUGAUCCAAAUACAUGGAGCAGGUGAUCCAACAGGGUGCGGGGAAGGGUUCUCUUUCUUGAAGACAUCAAUGAAAGGUGGUUUUACAAAGUCUGGUGAAGGUGAACAACAGCCGCAAGUCACUGGUGGGCAUAGUUACAACGUUGCUCAACAGCAGAAAGCUUAUGAAGAAGAGAUCAGUAAAACCUGGUACAAGCAGGCGAAGUCUCUGGGGAUCCAGAAUCCUUUCGAGGAACUUGAUGAUCCAGAUGUUGUGAAUAAAACUAAUAAGAGAGUACUUGCAAGGAGAGAUGAUGACAAGGUUCUGAAGAUUGUACGUAAAACGAGGGACAAGAACGGAAUUAUACAAAGGCAAACUGCUGUCGUGCGUGAUCCACGUGUGAUCCACGCAUACUUACGAAUCUACGAAAAGAGAAGAGAAGAAGCCGAGCGUAACCUUGGUCUUGAGGAGUUAAUGAAUGACAACAUUGACUUGGUAACUGGAGAGAAUGACGAAGAAAGACAACUGAAACAGAAGAAACUCCUAGAAGAACAAUUGGCCAAGCUAGAGAAAUCCAAGGAACGUCGCCAAGCGCGUAAAGCCGCAAAGGAGAAAAGUAAAGACGGAAAAGUAGGAAAAGUCAAAAAUACACCUAGACGCUGUGCCACUUGUGGCGCCAUUGGUCACAUUAGAACCAACAAGUCCUGUCCAAUGUAUAACGGUGGUGUCGCAGCCAACGCCAACGCCAACGCAAGCAGUGCACUUAGCGGCUCCGCGACACCAUCUAACAUUGCUAAUAGUUCUAAUUCAGUGUCAGCAACUCUUCAACCUCCCUCAUUUGAGCCUUAA